CAAAUUGAUGUGUUUGUUCACCUCUUGCAAACUAUAUCAGAGAGAUACACGUCCCGAGAUGGUAUAAAUGUUUUACAAUUAUUCGUAUAGGUUUUCGUCAAUCUACAAUAAGUUCCCUGAACAGUGAUUUGAAUGUUUGUAACUUUUAUUUUUGUGGGGAUGAUGAAAAUUGACAAAUUGGUGAAUAGUCAUAGCGUAGAUUAGUGUGAUAAAAAGUGAUUGUUCCUAGAAAUUCAAAAUCGUUUCGCUCAUGUGUUGUUGAGUUUAAUCCUCUCGAAGUUUGUAUUGAUUUACGUAUGUUAUGUUGCGAUGAUAUCGAGAUUAGUUGGAAGCACGCCUUAUUCCUGUUCCAAAGCAAGUAAAAGCUUCUAUAUUUCGAAAUGCCAGCUGUGGCCUAGAAAAAAACUUUUAUUGCUUGAAAGAUCUUAUUAGUUUAACGAAUAUCAAUUGAAAAUUCAGCACACAUACACGCCGCAUUUUACACAUUGUAUAAAGCUUAUAUGUCAUCCUGUUCUGCUGCUAUAUUUCCAUAUUGAAGUUCUGUAUAUUUUUUUAGCUCCUGUCUGUUCGCUUCAAUGGACUGCAACAGGAACGACUGUAGCAGGCGUUACGAAUACUGCUGGUACUAAUGCCAACAGCCUCAACACUCCUCGUGAUAUAUUUUUGGAUACAGCCAAUACAUUUGUUGUCGCUGAUACAACAAAUAACAGAAUCCAAAGAUUCGUGAUAGGUACUAACCAGGGUACAACAGUUGCUGGUCAAACAGGUGGAGCCGCAGGAAACGGUGUAACUCAGCUCAGUGGACCUGAAGGUGUUGUUGUCGACGUAAACAACAAUAUCUAUGUGGCAGAUACCGUUAAUAAUCGAGUUCAAGUCUGGACACUUGGAACAACUCAAGGCAGUACAGUUACCGGACCAACAUUAAAUGCUCCGGCUGGUAUUGCAUAUGAUGCUAACUCGAACAGAAUUUUCGUCACUGAUAGAGCCAAUAAUCGAGUGAUACAAUACACACUCUCAACUCCAGUGGUUUCUGCUGUGGUUGCUGGCACUAAUGCAGCUGUUCCCCCUAAUCCAUUGAACGCACCAACUGGUAUCUUUUACGAUGCAUCAUCAAAUAGUCUUAUAAUCGCAAACCGUGAUGCUAAUAAUAUCAUUCAAUGGUUUUUAGCAACCAAUACAUUCUUAGUUCUUGCUGGUGAUCCGGCUGGAACGGCUGGUACUGCCUUGAACAGACUAAGUGCUCCCCGAGGUGUAACACUCGAUUCAAAUAGAAAUAUAGUUGUAGCCGAUACAGGAAAUCAUCGCAUAAUACUGUUUCCAUUUGGUUCACCAACGGAUGGUACCAAGACCGGUAGGAUCAUUGCAGGAACUGGAACUGCUGGCACUGGUAACGACCAACUAAAUAAUCCCUCUGCAGUUGACAUCGACGCACAGGGUAAUUUAUACGUGGCUGACGCAACGAAUCAUCGCAUACAAACAUUCACAUGCAUCCAAAGUUAAGCUUAAUCGAUCUCAAUAAAACUUUGAACAAUAUUUUCUUCAUUUAUCUUUACUCAUGUGUUCAUAUUUUAGAAAGAACUCACUUUUAGUUUUUAUAUCUAUUCACAUAGAAGCCAUAGCUGAUAUGUAUCGUAAUUUUUUUUCGUCAAUUAUCAUUACACUAAUUUUUUUUUUCAUUUCUUAAUAAAAUACAUAUAUUUUGGGGUGUGGGUAAAUUAAUCGAAAAUGGAUCGAUUUAACUCUUGACGAAAAGACAAGUUCAAACUGUUAAUCUCAAAUUUUGUUGUUCAAUAAUUAAUUAAUUCGAAAAUUAAAUAACAAUAGAAUGAUACAUUUGUUUGCUUUGAUUAGAAGUAUUUAAAAAAUGCAAAGUUCAAUUCACCAACGCGUUUCGUGUUAUUUUAUUGAAAUAUAAAUACUUAUAAAGGCUAUAUUACAAAUCCAAGCACAACAAUACACAAUCAUCAAAGAAUACUUAGGAGAAUUCUUUAUAUAAUAUAUGAUUUAGAAAAUUUUCAACAAUGUUAUCAGGACUUUUAGUCGGACCGAUAUAGAGAUAUUAUAUUAUGAAUCAUGAAUUCAACACAAUAUGCAUGUAUUCAAUUAAGUCAUUCUCACAAAAAACCUACGAUAUUGAAAUGACACAAUAGAAGAAUAUUAUAUAUAUUCAACGACAAAACAACAAAAAUUAUACAUAUAUAAGAAAAAACACAUCAAGUUAGAUAAUAAAUACAUAGAUGAAAAUUCAAUAUAGUAAAUGAAUGAAAACUUUACUCGUAUUGAAUUCAUACAAGAGUGAUGUCAUGUAGGAGACACUAUAACUUGAUGAGAUCCAUUAUCAUCAACUCUUUAGUCAUAGCUAAUGUUUCAUUCUAUCAGAAGGUAAGCCAAUAUACCAAGUUUGCUGAUGAAGUAAGACUAUUGACGUAAUCACAGUUUGACAUCUCUCAUUUAAGACAAUCGAACUAGAGAUAUUCAUCACGAUUGGAAACCUGUCAUCACAAUCUAUCACUUGUAUGUAAACAAUUUCUAAGUUAAUUAUUCUCUGUUACUUAUGAAAAAGAAAAUUAGUGCACAAAUGCAUCUAAAUGCUUAUUAUAUUGCAUUUAUUUCUUUUUAGUAAAUUACAAAAAAAAAACUAUUCACUGAUUUGUUCAAUCAACUUAUAUUAUAUGUUUGUUAGUCCUUGUUGUGCAUUUCUAAUGACAAUCAUCUUAUCUAUCUGAGUUAGUGAUAAUCUUUGUCUUCUAUUAUUUAAUAUGAUGUUACUCCAUCUUUGAUGAUAUGGCAGAAAUUGAUAGCAGCUUUCGAGAAAGACAUUUUGAUAAAGAAAAUUUUCAUGAUACAAAAUCAUGUAACCAAAAUUGAAUUGAAUUUUUCUUAACUAUCAAUGAUAAUCAAUCAGUUUAUAGAUAUUAAUUAAUCUAAAUAUCAAAGUAAAUCAUCCUCACACACUGUAGAUUCCUUAAGAAGCAAAAAAAAA